AUGUCUGUGACAAAAACUGCAACUUUAAGUCAAACUACUAUUUUGACAAAAUUACCAAAUGUAUUAAAAUGUAAUGGUCCGAAACUUGUACCAUUUUUUAAAACAGUCGCAAUCUUUUUUAUACUUUUUCCAAAAUCUAAAUAUAAAACUGCUGAUAUUUUUUAUUUAAUAUUUAAAUGUUUACCAAUAUGUUCAUUAAUUUUAUUUAUUUUAUUAAAUGGAAUCAAUUUACGUGGAUUUGAAUAUUCAUAUUCAAGAAGAAUUUUAACCGGUUUAGCUUUUUCAUUACUUGGUGAUGCAUUACUUGUCUAUGAUCAUUCAUUUUUUAUUCAUGGUAUUUUAGCAUUCGGUAUAUCACAUAUAUUAUACGCAACUGCAUAUGGUAUGAGACCAUUAAGAGUAUUUAUGUUACCGUUUAUGGUUUUACCAGUCAUUGUUAUUUAUUUAAUGUUGUCUGGUGUUCUCUAUACGCCAUUGUCGUAUGUGAUUAAUUCCUAUAUUGGUUUAACUAUGUUUAUGAUAUGGAGAGCAAUGGCAAGAAUAAAGACCGAUAAUAAUGAAUGGACAUGGACAAGAUUUUAUAGUUUUCUUGGUGGUAUACUCUUUGCAACAAGUGAUACACUCCUUGCACUCGAUCGUUUUGUAACUCCAUUAGCACAUUCUCAAAUUCUUGUUAUGACAACAUAUUAUGCUGCGCAAUUACUUAUUGCAUUAUCUGUAGUUGAUUCACAUGAAGAUGUUGAAAUGAAUUUUUGUGUUAUACAAGAAACAGAUAUUAUUAAAGUUAUUCAAGAACAUGGCAAAUUUUUAUCUCAAGUACAUAGUGAUGAUUUAUUUGCAUUAUUAUCUGCUAAACAUGCAUACAUAAGACAAACAGUUGCUAAUACACAUAUAAAAACAAUAUUAAUGGAAAAAAAAAUACAAAUUGGUCAAAAUAUUGAUUUAUUUUUAAAUCGUACACCUGUGGUGUUAUUGGUUAAGCCAGUACAACAAAAAACAGAAUAA